AUGGAUGAAAGGUUCAACAAGUGGCUGCUGACGCCGGUGCUCACUCUUCUCUUCGUGGUCAUCAUGUACCAGUACGUGUCCCCCUCCUGCACCAGCUCCUGCGCCAACUUCGGGGAGCAGCCCCGCGCCGGGGAGGCCGGCCAGCCUGCCGCCCCGGGUCCCGCCCGCCCGGCACAGGCGCCGCUCGAGGACUGGGAGCGACGGCCCCAGCUGCCCCCGCCACCCCGGGGGCCGCCCGAGGGGCCUCGGGGGGCCGCGGCGCCGGAGGACGAGGACGAGGAGCCGGGGGACCCGGAGGAGGAGGAGGAGGAGGCGGAGGAGGAGGAAGAAGAGCCGGACCCCGAGGCCCCCGAGAACGGAUCCUUGCCCCGGUUCGUGCCGCGCUUCAACUUCACGCUGAAGGACCUGACCCGCUUCGUGGAUUUCAACAUCAAGGGGCGCGACGUGAUCGUGUUCCUGCACAUCCAGAAGACCGGGGGCACCACGUUCGGGCGGCACCUGGUGAAGAACAUCCGGCUGGAGCAGCCGUGCAGCUGCAAAGCCGGCCAGAAGAAGUGCACCUGCCACCGGCCCGGCAAGAAGGAGACGUGGCUCUUCUCCCGCUUCUCCACCGGCUGGAGCUGCGGGCUGCACGCCGACUGGACGGAGCUCACCAACUGUGUGCCGGCCAUCAUGGAGAAGAAAGACUGUCCCCGCAACCACAGCCAUACCAGGAAUUUCUAUUACAUCACCAUGUUGCGGGAUCCGGUGUCCCGGUACCUGAGCGAGUGGAAACACGUCCAGAGAGGGGCCACGUGGAAAACCUCCCUCCACAUGUGCGAUGGGAGGAGCCCCACCCCCAAUGAGCUGCCUACCUGCUACCCCGGGGACGACUGGUCUGGGGUCAGCCUACGGGAAUUCAUGGAUUGCACCUACAACCUGGCUAGCAACCGCCAGGUGCGCAUGCUGGCCGACCUCAGCCUGGUGGGCUGCUACAACUUGACUUUCAUGAACGAGAGCGAGCGGAACGCCAUCCUGCUGCAGAGCGCCAAGGGCAACCUGAAGAACAUGGCCUUCUUCGGGCUCACGGAGUUCCAGCGGAAGACGCAGUUUCUCUUUGAGAGGACAUUCAACCUCAAGUUCAUCUCCCCCUUCACGCAGUUCAACGUCACGCGGGCUUCCAACGUGGAGAUCAACGAGGGCGCCCGCCAGCGCAUCGAGGAGCUCAACUUCUUGGACGUGCAGCUCUACGCGUACGCGAAGGAUCUCUUCCAGCAGCGCUACCACCGUACCAAGCAGCUGGAGCGCCGGAGGGACCGGCUAAAGAGGCGCGAGAAGCGGCGGCUGCAGCGGGAGCAGCGGGGCCACCGUCCCGGCCACAGACAGGACGGGAGCCCGGAGCGGGCAGUCACGGAGGACUACACCAGCCAGGUGGUGAGAUGGUGA